AUGGAGAAUAUCGCUGAGCGUGAUUUGAUUUUCGGUGACGUUCUAUAUAUGACUGAUAUAGUAGAAGUUUAUAAAGCCCUGAUGAAAGCUACAGGCGAAUAUGUCGCUGUUAAAAAGCUCAAGGUAAACUCAAUAUCUGAUGCCACGUUCUAUACAAAUGAGGCAUUGCAAAUGGCUGCUUUAGGGAACCACCCUAAUAUCGUUAAGCUAAGAGCAUGCUUUAUGAGCGGAAGAGGACAACAGAUAGAGUAUGUGCUGUUUGUCAUGAAGUUUUAUUCGAAGGGAGACUUGCAAAAUGAAAUUGAGAGAAGGGCAAAGUACCAGCAGAGAUGAAAUGAAGCAGAACUAUGGAACCAUAUGAAAUCGCUCAUUGAAGUAUUUUCAUUUUUACAAGAAAAAAACAUUGCUCACAGAGAUAUAAAGCCUCAAAACAUCUUCAUUGGAGAUAAUGAUGAGCUCUUAGUUGCAGAUCUAGGAUGUGCAGUAAAGAAAAAAACUACAGGAUUAGAAGAAAUGACGCUUGCAGGGACUCCAUUAUAUCUGAGCCCUCUCCUAAGAAGAGCUUAUGAUAAUAAUCCUAGUGGAGGCAUAGAUCAUAACCCAUUUAAAUCAGAUGUUUACUCUCUUGGCCUUACCUUUUAUUAUAUGGCCACUUUGACAGAUAUCUUUGACUUUACAAAUUUAAAUCAACUUCAAGCUAGAAUAAAUAUCCGAGUCAACUCUAUAAAUUGCUAUUCAGAGCGGAUAAAGAAUAUUUUGCAUGAUAUGCUAUUUGUUGAAGAGUCAGAAAGGCUCGAUUUUUUAGAUCUUUCAAAAAAGUACAGCAUGAAUGCACCUUUAUUUAAAAUUAUUCCAAAUUUCCAAGCGCCUAUUAGAUCUAAGAAAAUAAAUUCAUGCAAAGUAUAUCAUUUAGUGCCAGCUUGGGGAAAUCCGAGAAUUGUUAAUAAAGUAAGAUUGAAAAAGGCAAAAAGUAAAAGUGUAUUGGAAAGCACUUUUCAACAUAUUUACAAAGGAUCAGACUGAAGCCGUUUUGGCGAAUAUUUAUCCGUUUUGUGCGCACCAAAACUUAUAAUAAAAAUAUCUAAAUUGGCUAUUUAUUGUUACAUGUGUAGAUGUCCUAUUGAUAACGAUCUAGAUAUUAUUAAAAGCCAUGACUGUUGAAUUCAUUUGAGAUGCAUUAAACAAUAUAUCGUUAGUUGCUUAAAUAGCAACAUUAACAUCAAAUUGUGGAAUCUUUUCCACGUGUGAAAAGAUUUCACAUGUGAAGCCCUUUGAUUUUACAUGUGGAAUCUUUUCACACAGAAAAGAUUCCACAUGUUGGUGGUAAUGCUGCUAUUUAAGCAACUAACGAUACUAUUAAAGUUAAUGAUGGCAUAUGAACUGUAUUUCAGGAAGGAUUUAAUUGCUAUUAUAAUAAUCAAAGUCAUUUUCAUCCAAUAAAAGAAUUUAAAUCACUUACUCCCCCCUCCACGAAUGAACAAAAAAAUUUUUUUUUUUUUUUUUUUAAAAUUUUAUAGAAAAUCUUUUUUUCGAAAUUUUAAAAAAAUCCUAAUUUGCAAAAAUUAGGAAGCAAAUAUUAAUUUAAUUUAUAAAAUUUAUGUUUUAAAAUGCAAUUUGUUUAAAAUUACACAGAAUUAGCUCGAGAUUUCAUUAUAUUAAUUAUCACUUAUAUAUCAGUUUUUUCAUAAAAAUUUUUUUCUAUUAAAAAAAUUUUUGUUCACUCACGAAGGGUGGGUUUUUGGGCAAAAAAUAGCGAUUUUUCCAAUGAUUUUGUUCAAUCACGGGGGGGGAGUUAGUUGCUUCACUUGUGGCCAAUAUUUUAAACCUCUAUUACAAGACAACCCUAAUAUUAAAAAUUCCUGCUUACAUUGCUUUUGCGAUCAAUGCCUUGCCAAAAAUCCACUAGGCCCAAAUAAAGAGUGCCCAGAAUGCCCUGUCCAAUGAUAUCCAAUUUAA